AUGCCGUUCUACACAUCAUCAAAAGACACCUUCGAGGUGGGAGGACGCGAGUUUCCUCGAGUAACAUGGUACAAAGAGCCAGGAAUGAGGUCUCUUUACAUUGCCCUCAUGUUCGCCGUUCUCACAUCCGCAACCAACGGUUACGAUGGUUCCAUGAUGAACGGUCUCCAGGCACUGGAUGAGUGGAAAGCUUCUUUCAACAACCCCAACGCCGCCACUCGAGGUCUCCUCAACGCCAUUAUGUCUGUCGGUUCCAUCGUCGCUCUGCCAAUCACCCCAUACAUCGCCGAUAUCUUUGGCCGAAGAAUUGGUGUCAUCACCGGUUGUGUUAUCAUGAUUGUCGGUGUCGUUCUUCAGUCGAUCGGUAUCAACAUCGAAAUGUUCAUUGCCUCCAGAUUCUUCAUCGGAUUCGGUGUUGCCAUUGCCCACGGAGCUGCACCACUUCUCAUUGCUGAGUUGACUCACCCCCAGCACAGAGCCAUUUUCACCACCAUCUACAACUCUACCUGGUACUUUGGUUCCAUCGUCGCUGCUUGGCUCACAUAUGGAACCUUCAAGAUCGACUCCGCCUGGUCAUGGAGAAUUCCAUCCAUGGUUCAAGCCGCACCAUCCGUUAUUCAAUUGGUUGCUAUCUGGAUGGUCCCAGAAUCCCCACGUUAUCUGAUCGCCAAGGGCAAAGAUGAGCAAGCUCUUAACAUUCUCGCCAAGGCACAUGCCCGUGGAAACAUUGAGGAUGAGCUCGUCCAGAUCGAAUACCGUGAAAUCCGUGACACCAUCAAGCUCGAGCAAGAAUACGAGAGCAACGGAUGGGUUGAGCUCUUCAAGACCAAGGGUAACCGCCGUCGUCUCAUCAUUCUCGUAUCUCUCGGUUUCUUCUCCCAGUGGUCUGGUAACGGACUCGUUUCCUACUACAUGGACGAUGUUCUCAAGGGCGCCGGUGUCUUGGAUCCUCAACUCAGACUCGAAAUCAACGGUAUCCUCAACAUCAUCAACUUCGCCACCGCUCUUACCAUGUGUUUCUUCAUCGACAAAUUCGGUCGUCGUCCAUUGUUCUUGUUCGCUACCGGUGGUAUGCUCAUGGCUUUCGUCGCCUGGACCAUCGCCGCUGCUCAAUUCGUCAAGACUGCCGUCAAGGCCGCCGGAACCGCCGAGAUCUUCUUCAUCUUCUUGUACUACGUAUUCUACAACUCUGCCUGGUCCGGACUUCUUGUCGGUUACGGUGUUGAGAUUCUCCCAUACAAGCUCCGUGCAAAGGGUCUCACCAUCAUGUUCCUCGCUGUCGAUCUCGCUCUCUUCUUCAACUCCUACGUCAACCCCGUCGCUCUCGACCACCUUGGCUGGAAAUACUACAUCGUCUACGACUGCUGGCUCGCAUUCGAGCUCGGCAUCGUCUACUUCUUCUUCAUCGAGACCCGUAACACCCCACUCGAGGAGAUCGUCAAGUACUUUGACGGCGAGGAUGCGCUGCUCGGUGGAAACCUCGCUACCCAGAAAGCCAAGGAGCUGCUCCAGGAAGACGGUAUCCAUGACGAGAAGAUGGCUACCAGCGCUCACCACAGAGAGGUCUCGGCGACUAACUCUCACGAGGAAAGUCCACGAAAUGAGAAGAUCUAG